AUGGCAUCAUCACCAACCCUCUGCAAAAUCUCUCUGUCUCUUCUGUCUCUGUUCAUCAUUUCAGUUUCUUCAUCCUAUGCAACUUCUCGCAACAUCAAUGACCGUGGCUUGUUAUACACCCCAAAACCACAAGCAGAAACGCUCAUAAGAGGCCUUAACCUGUUUCCAAAGGAUCCAGUUAACAUAAAACUAGGUGACCCUGUUGGUUUUGUCCCUGGAAAUAUCGUGGAGAAGAAAUUUUCGUUUCUUGGUGCUUCUGGGCCUUCUGUUGAAGACCUUGGUCAUCAUGCGGGGUAUUAUUCGCUUCCUCGUUCCAAAGCUGCAAGGAUGUUCUACUUUUUCUUUGAAUCCCGGAACAACACGAAUGACCCGGUUGUUAUAUGGUUGACUGGAGGUCCAGGGUGUAGCAGUGAACUAGCUUUGUUUUAUGAGAAUGGUCCUUUCAAAAUUGCCAAUAACUUGUCUCUUACAUGGAAUAAUUACGGCUGGGAUAAGGUAUCAAAUAUUUUAUUUGUUGACCAACCAAUUGGGACAGGUUUCAGCUACACUUCCGAUUCUGCUGAUGUUCCCCAUGAUGAAGUGGGUGUUAGCAAUGAUUUGUAUGACUUCUUGCAGGCAUUUUUCAAGCAGCACCCCAAGUUCGUUAAGAAUGAUUUUUACAUUACUGGAGAAUCAUACGCAGGACACUACAUUCCAGCUCUUGCAUCUCGGGUUCACAAAGGAAAUAAAGAAAAACAAGGAAUUUAUAUAAACCUCAAGGGCUUUGCUAUUGGUAAUGGGUUAACAAAUCCUGGAAUUCAGUACCAAGCAUACCCAGACUUUGCAUUAGACAAGGGAUUAAUUUCAAAGGCUGAAUACGAAAGUAUCAAACAGUUUAUCCCAGGGUGUGAGCAGGCCAUAACAGCAUGCAACUCUAAAGGUGGACAAAGCUGCGUGUCUGCCUUAAGUAUUUGCGAAAACAUAUUCGCUCGUAUCUUGGACAUUACUGGCGACAUUAAUUACUAUGACAUCAGAAAGAAAUGCGAGGGAGAAUUGUGCUAUGACUUUUCAAACUUGGAGACACUUUUAAACAAGCAAAGUGCGAGGGAUGCUUUAGGUGUGGGGGACUUGGAGUACGUAUCAUGCAGUCAAACAGUGUAUGAUGCCAUGAUGCAAGAUUGGAUGAGAAACCUUGAAGUGGGAAUCCCUUCACUUCUUGAGGAUGGAAUCAGAAUGCUUGUGUAUGCUGGGGAAGAAGAUCUCAUAUGCAAUUGGCUUGGGAAUUCAAGAUGGGUUCAUGCCAUGGAGUGGUCAGGACAAAAGGAGUUUGGAGCAUCCCAUACAAUGCAAUUUUUGGUUGAUGGUGUAAAAGCAGGGUUGUUGAAAAGCUAUGGACCUCUCUCUUUUCUCAAGGUAAAUGGAGCUGGGCACAUGGUCCCUAUGGAUCAACCAAAAGCUGCACUUAAGAUGCUGAAAAGAUGGAUGGAAGGGAAAUUGAACCUGGUAAGGAAAGGAGAUAAUGUCCCUCCUAAUUGA